AUAAUCUCAAUAGUCAAUAUAUAUGAUCAUACCCAACCAAUCAAGUCAAAAUUGUUUAAUAGUACCAUCGAGAUCUAUUUAAUCAAUCUUAUUUACUACGUCACAAAAUCCAAACUUGGUAUUAGAUCACUGUAAUUAAUCUUCAAAAAGUAAACGAAAACCCAGCAUUUAUACUCGAUAUUAUUCACCAUAUAGUAUUUUUCUCUCCCACUCGUCUUAUAUGCUGCCGAGGCGGAAUGCUCUAGGAUCUCUAAAAAUUAUUCACAACAAAUAAAAGUCGAUAUUGCAGCAGGGGUCAGCACUUGGGUGGCUAUUUUAGUAGUUGAACAACGUAACAAAGUGAUGAAUUGAAGGGGAUGAAAGGCAUGGGAUUCUUAAACGCAGAGAAGAAGAAAUGGAUGUUCCCUCUUUUCCUCACUUCAUUAGUGGCCAUCUUCGUUGCGGCCACCUUGCUCAACUUGAGGCUCGUCUCCUAUAUCAACACAGUCAAUUCAAUCCUAACACUUUUCCAACCUCGCACCAUGGCCGAUCCAUUCACCUCUUGUUCUACGACCAAUGCGACUCCUCCUCCUCCUCCCAUGCCGAGAUUCGCGUAUCUCAUCUCUGGAUCCAAAGGCGAUCUGUACAAACUCUGGAGGACUCUUCAUGCUUUGUACCACCCUAUGAACUAUUACGUGGUGCAUUUGGAUCUCGAGUCGCCUGCACAAGAGAGACAGGAGCUGGCAUCCCUUGUGAGAAUGCAUCCUGUUUUUCAAGAGGUUGGGAAUGUGUAUAUGCAUGACAAGGCUAAUAUGGUGACCUACAGAGGCCCUACCAUGGUGGCUAAUACCUUGCACGCCUGCGCUAUUCUUCUCAGGAGAUACAAAGAUUGGGACUGGUUUAUUAAUCUUAGUGCCUCCGAUUAUCCUCUGCUCACUCAAGAUGAUCUCAUCCACACUUUCUCAACUUUAAAAAGAGAUGUCAAUUUCCUUCACCAUACGAGCAAUCUUGGAUGGAAAAAGUAUCUUAGAGCAAUGCCUUUAUAUAUAGAUCCGGGACUCUAUGAGAAAGACAAGUCCGAUAUAUUCCGGGUCUGGCCUAAGAGAAGCUUACCAACAGCCUUCAAACAAUUUGAAGGUUCAGCUUGGAUGAUUUUGUCGCGUGAUUUCGUGGAGUACUGUGUGUGGGGUUGGGACAACCUCCCGAGAACCCUUCUCAUGUAUUACACCAACUACGUGUCUUCGCCUGAGGGCUAUUUCCAGACUGUGAUAUGCAACACUCGCCAAUUCGCGCAUACGGUUUUAAACAGCGAUUUGCACUUCAUACCGUGGGAUAAUCCGCCGAGGCAGCAUCCUCGUACAGUCUCCCUUGCCGAUGCAACAAGGAUGAUCCGAAGCGGCGCCGCCUUUGCUCGGAAGUUCAGUGGGAAGUCCCCUGUAUUGGACAAGAUUGACAAGGAGUUACUGGGGAAGAAUGGGAGCUUCACUCCGGGUGGUUGGUGUGCGGGCAAACCUCUAUGCUCCGAGGUUGGGAAUCCUAGGAUGCUCACACCAGGUCCUGGCGCCGACAGACUGCGCGGCCUUAUUGAUCGUCUUAUGUUGCCAACCAAACGCCCCUCCUGCACCUGACUCUCUCUAUUUAAUUUUCUAUCUACUCACUUUUGUUGUAUACUAUUUUAUCACAAUCUUAUUAGUCGUCA